UAGUCGGUGCGUCACGUGAGCUGUUUUUCAUGUGUUUGAAGGUUUUGUGUGUGAACCUGUUAGACACUGCGGUGGAAAACAUCACAGGUGGCCUGAGAGACCAUCAACAGGGUCAGGCGUGUGUCAUGGUGCUCAAAGCCCUGCAGUCGAAAGAAGUGAAGAAGCUCAUGUCUGACAGUCAGUGGACUGAACUCUAUCAGAAGAUUGUGAAACAGAUCACUAAGGUUUUUGAGAACGUGCAGUGCAAGAGCAAAGCAGUUCAUGAGAAAACGGUCAAAGCUCUGGAACUCUGUCAGUAUCUUGUGAAAACCGCUAAGAAUCAGCAGAAGAUGCCGGUUGUUUUGGAUGUCCUUCAGAGCGUUCUCAAGUCCAUGAAUGCAGAUGGAUGUCUGCAGAAAGCAGGACAGCUCGAGGACACGUACUGGAGUGUGAUGAGAUUAUUUGGCGUUCUAAAACCAAAGAUAGAGAAGGUGAAGAAAGUCGUGGAGGCAGAGGACACCGAGAAGCCCGCAAAGAAGAAAAAGGGAUUCCUUCCCGAAACAAAGAAACGCAAGAAUCGUAUGAAGCCCACGGUACUGGAGGGAAAAGAGACGCCCGCCACCGAAAGCGCUGAAGGAACACCUGGAGAAGCAGCGAAGAAGAAGAAAAAGAAAAACAAGAAACGGAAACGGCCACGGCAAGAAGAAGAGACGGCAACUCAGUCGCCUGCUAAAAAAGCCAAAACACAGCAGAAACAAAACAAAAAGAAAAAGAAGAAAGGAGGGGAUGAGAAAUAAGUGGACAGUGUGAGAAAUACUGGACUGGUGUGAUGUUUUUGUUUACAAAAAGUAAUUCGCCAAAAACAUGUUUACCACACGGUUUUUCUGUUUAAAAGUGUUGAUAAAUCCACUUCUGAAUUCACAUUUAAUGAUCAAACAUCAGCUUUUCUGUUUAAUAAUCUCAGCCUAUGUGAAAAGUCUGUGUUGAUACUUCAUUUAUCUGUAUUUGCCUUUUGAAUGAUACAGCGUUUGUAAAAGCAAUAGAUGAAAGACUAAAAGGCUUUUUAUUGUUAAUAUGCAGCGUCUGUUUGUACUUACAAACUGAUAUCUGUGUGUGGCAGUCAUUGUGUUUCAAUAAUAAUGUUUUUCUUUUAAUGACACUGGCUUUAAAGGAACAGUUUAGCCAAGAAUGAGAAUUCUUUAAUCAUUUAUUCACCCUUUUAUCAUUAAAAUCCACUUUGAUUUUCUUCUGCAGAACACAAAAGAAGAUAUUUUGAGGAACGUUGAUAACCAAACAACAUUAAACGCCAUUGACUUUCAUUGUGUGAACACGGAACCACCGACACAUUUAUCAAAUUAUCUUCUGUUGUGGUCCACUGAAGAAAAGGCAUCAUACAGAACUACAGUUGUGCUCAAAAUUGUUCAUUCCCUCUGUAAAUAUGAUCAGCAUAAUUCUUUUGAUCUAUGAAGGUAUUUUUGGUGCAAAACUACUGAGCACCUGUGAGAAUGGAAUUUGUAGUUGUAGAGGUCGGCCACACAUGUGUAUCAGUAAAUUUGUAGUAAAAAUUCGAAGUUGCAAACUUGUAGAUUUUUUUUCUCUUCCGCAAACACAACACAACAGUUACACCUUUUGUUUGACAUGUAAAUUAUUAUUUUCCUUAAUUAACACGUGGCUUGGAACCAUCUAGCUGUAAAAAAAAACUAUAACGUUAUGUGGUGUGGCAUAACUAUAAGUGGUGUGUUUUUCUAACCAAAUGAGUGAUUAACAAAAAUAAAGCAUGAUAAAUAUAGUUUACUUAAUAAAGCCAAGUAUACGAAAACACA